CCCAACCAAUAGUACCAUCAUCAUGCCAAUAGUCUUGAGAUCUUCUUUUCCAAGUCUUCCUCAAUCCUCUACUCGUACUCUUGCUCAUACGGAACCGAAAGUGCUACCGGCCUGAAGAUCCGAUCCUCUCCUCUGGAAGCGUACCGCAUGCACACGACCAGCUCAGGACCUUCCAUCCGAGGCAGAGCCUCAGUCUCACCGGUUCUCAACGUCUCCUACAGCAUGUCCACGAUAUUUACUCCGCCUGUAGGCAGUCAGUCGUUAUCUGGAAGCGCCAGGCGAUUAAAAUCCCCAGGGAACAAGCGCAAGAGAAGGAAGGCAACAGAUGAAGCAGACGAAGUACAUGAGCAGGAUGAAGCUGCUGAUAUCCAAAAUCCCGCGCACAAAAUUGCUGAUGUUGAGUACACAGCCGUCGUGUCUCCCAUGGCACGGCACCAGCGCCGUGUUGCUGGUCAGCCUUUAGAUCAGCCUCCGCCCUCUUUGCCCUUUCCUCAUGCCCAGACCUCCUCGACUGGUAAGGAAAAGGAUUUUGCCAGAAGCCGGCUGUCCACCGCACCACGAUCGCAAUACGCCGAAGCUCCACGUUCCCUACACCUUCAGCAUCUGGCUGCUUUGACGGCUAUAGUACACCGGAGUCUUUUCGAGGAAGACUUUUCCCGUGCUUCGCGAGCUCUGGGCUUGUUGUUUCGAGACGCUAGCAUCAGGCGCAGUGUUGCUGUCCGCAACCAGGGCUAUAUGGGCAUCGGUGCCGAAGUAUUGCUGAGGCAAGGCAGCAUCACCAGACCAGCUUCUGGCAGUACCUCUGCAUCAUUUCCCUUCGCACGUGAAGGAUUUGAGAAUGCUAAACGCUUUUACGAGAGACUUAUUGUGAAACACCCUUAUCACAAGUCCUGGCCAGGCUCCGUUAAUGCUGUGGACUUCUACCUUGCAUUGUUCAACAUCUGGAUAUAUGUGGUGCAUGCAGAACACAAUGCUGAAGUACCUGUGCCUCCGAGGACUGAGAGUCCUCCUGGAUCACCGCAGCUUCUCCCCUCGCUGGAAAGAGCAGACGUGCGCUCUGAGCAAAAGGUGAGAGAACUUGAAGAGGCGGAGGAGAUUGCUGCAAGGAUGGACACCUGCAUGGCGAGUCUACCAUACAAGGACGAGCCUGAGCUAAUCAGGUUGCGUGCCAUGGUUGCUCUGUGGAUUGCUGAUCUUCACGAGGUCAUGGCGAGAAUUGCCCCAGCUCAUGUCGAGGUGAGCGAUCCGGACUUCUCUGAUCUGAGUCUACAAUUACCCCUCGUCGACGAGGGGCAAAGUUGGCCUUUGGAUCACAGUCACGAGGCUACGAAGGCCCGGGUUCUGGCAGAGGAGCUUCUAGCUAGGCUAGAAUAUGCCACGGACCCUGAUGAAGACGAAUGACUUGCAUGAGAGUUAAGGGGGAUCGUCAGCAGCGUGAAAAUUUAGGCCCGAAUGCGGCGAACAGACAGCGGUCGUGAGCAGUCAAAUCAAACAGCCAUGCCGUAUUUCUUGGUGCUUCUCUGGCUUAUGAAAGACAGUCUAUAGCACCACGUGUGCCAGGGCCCUCGAUUCGUUCGAG